CGUCGUAAGCUACGGAAGAACGCCAAAGUGGAACGAGAAACAGUACUGGAGAGGAAGAAAGAAGAGGAUAGCUUGUGGAGAGAACGGCAUAUUGUUACUUACCAAAUUAAUACUUAUGAAUCUCCCAUCCAGGUUUUAAUGGGUGAUGUAAAAGUAGCUAGAACAAGUCUGGAUAUCCAUGACAACAAAAGAAAUCAGCAUGAAAGGGGUUUCAAUUCAGCAUUCCCCACAUUUUUUGAGCAGAUUCCCCAGAGACUUCAGAAUUUUUUAAAGUUUCAUCUCAAGAAGUCCAUGAAAGAUGUAGGGCAAGCAAAGUCCGCUGGCUCUGGCAUAUCAAAGGAUGAAGGAUCAUAUACUGAUUUGGAGGUCAACCUGGACAACCAGCUGCAGGCUUGGAAAGCAAAUCCUACUUGGACUGAUCAAAUUCCGGACAUCAAGGUUAAUGUACCGAAAGGUUCUCUUUGCAAUCUUAAUGUCGAGUUCAAUGUUGGCUUGCCCCCAGAUGCAGUAUUCAACAUUGUAAUUGACCCUGACAAUAGCAGGGUCUUCAAGAAUAUCAAGGAAGUAAUAUCUAGGAAGGUCUUGCUUGAUGAGGGCCAAAGGCAGGUCGUCGAGGUGGAGCAAGCUGCUUUAUGGAGGUUUCUUUGGUGGUCAGGAACCAUGUCAGUCCAUGUUAUAGUGGAUCAGAACAGAAAAGAUUACUCAGUCAAGUUUAAGCAAGGGAAAGAAGGAUUUAUGAAAAGAUUUGAAGGCUGCUGGAGAGUAGAUCCCCUGUUUGUUGAUGAACAAUUAUGCUUUCCUUUCAAGCCUAAUUCGUGGGUCGACUAUAUUUCAUGUACUGGAGGUAAAGGAAGGGUUGGUUCAAGGGUGAGCUUAGAACAACUAAUCCAGCCGGCUCUUGUUCCACCACCACCUAUUUCUUGGUAUCUAAGGGGAAUUACUGCAAAGACUACUGAAAUGUUGAUAAAUGACCUGCAAGCAGAAGCUGGUAGAAUUAGGGGAGUUUCAAACAACAAUGCCAAUAAAGAGAGUGAAUUAUCCAUAGGAGCAAGAGGUGAGCAUCCUGUGGAAGAACUGAGCGAUGUUAAAGAAAGAUGGGCCCAACGAAGAAAAGACAGAAGGCAGAAGAGGAGACACUAAAGUUGCUAUGGUAAUCAUCAAUCUAUGGCCAAUGUACACUAUUGAUCCACUACCAUAAAAAAAAAAUCAUAGGAUAUACGCCAUUUAAACUUAUUUCCUAUGUGUGUAAUUCGUGUACUAAGUGCAUUAGUGCAUACGUAUGAUCCUUGCACUAAAUGCAUAUUUGU